GUAUGUAUACAAUUCACUGGUGCUAAUAGUCUGUCUCUAGAUAAAUUGAUUAUGCUAAAAAUCCUCGCCACUUGCUCGCGCUUAAGCUCGCUGGCUUUACCGGUUCGACAUUUCGAGCUCGCGAGCAUGGCUCAUAGUCGAUUUGUUGUCGUUUUUAAUUGGAUACAUGCAACCAACAGCAACUUGUCCGACAAGGAAAAGAAUCAGGAUGCAUCAGGAAGCGGCAAACGGAAGAGAGAUGACAGCAAUAGAUUUGCUAGUUCUCCCUCUUCCAAGAAGACAGACAACAAACUUACAAAGCCAAAGGCAAUUUCAAAGACUCCUUCUCCAGGUGCAAAGCCUCGUGCAAAGCUAGGAACUACUCCAAAAAGUAAGUCGAAUAAACUUUCACCUGGAGCACCAAAUAAAAAGAGGAAACUGACAAACACUCCAAAAAAGGAGGAGAAAGAUGAACCUAAAAAUGUUAAUGGAGCUGAGAUAGUGAAAAAUGCUCAAGUAGAAAAUGAUACAGUUGAAAGUGAAGAGGAAAAAGAAGAAUCCAUCCCUCCAGAAAAAAAAUUUGGCUCUGAUGAGGCAAAAAAAACAAAGAAUAUUGUGAAAAAGAAACGAGCCAGAAUAAUCGAACUAGUAGAUUCCAGUGACGAUGAGGAUCAUCUACCGUUACCUGAAAGUCCAAAAAAAUUAGAGACUAAUGGCGAAGAAAAGAAGAUUGAAAGCACAGACGAAUGUAGUGAAAUGAAAAAGAAUGCAUCAGAUGACGAAACAAAUCAAAAUAUUUUGGAUAUCAAGGAGAAGACCGAAAUCCUGAAGAAGGAGCCUACACCAGAAAAGAAGUCAAAGACUACUUCUAAGAAAACGCAUAAUUUUUUCACAUCUAAGCAAAAGAAUGAUGCAAAGGAUAACAAAGCAAGUAACGCAAAAAGCAGUAACCAGUCUUACAAUCCUAACAUAUCUGAUUAUCAUCCAAUAAACAAUGCAUGCUGGAAACGAGAAGACAAAACUCCAUAUAGCGCCUUUACGCGCACUUUGGAGCUUAUCGAAGAAACGAGCGCGAGGUUGAAGAUAAUAGAAAUACUGUCAAAUUACUUUCGAUCUGUCAUAGUCCUGAGCCCCAUGGAUCUUUUGCCAAGCGUAUAUCUGUGCCUUAAUCAAUUAGCACCAGCAUACGAAGGAAUUGAGCUUGGCGUUGCUGAUACGAACCUGAUGAAAGCGAUAGCACAAUGCACUGGUAGGACGUUGGCGCAAAUUAAAGCCGAUGUCCAGGAGGUUGGCGAUUUGGGAAUUGUAGCAGAAGGUAGCAGAUCCAACCAGAGAACUAUGUUUCAACCGGCACCGUUGACAGUUCCUAUUGUAUACUCCAAAUUAAAGGAGAUUGCCCAGAUGACGGGCCACGCGUCCCUGACGAAAAAAUUAGACAAGAUUCAAACGCUGUUUGUGGCAUGUCGUAAUACGGAAGCAAGGUACCUUAUUAGAUCGUUGGCCGGAAAGCUUCGCAUCGGUUUGGCCGAACAAUCUGUUUUGCAAGCAUUGGCUUUAGCUUGUGCUAUGACACCGCCAGAACAGGACUAUCCACCAGAAAUCUUAAACGCGAACAAGAAAAUGUCGAGCGAUCGUUUUAAAGAGAAAUACGACGAAAUAGCACUUAUACUAAAGACAACGUAUUGUGAGUGUCCGAACUAUAAUCUUAUAAUUCCCGUUUUACUGGAAGAUGGAAUCAAUACUUUGCCAAAUAAGUGCAAGCUCACUCCUGGAAUACCUUUGAAACCUAUGUUGGCGCACCCUACCAAGGGUGUUCAAGAAGUCCUGACACGAUUUGAGGGUUUAAAAUUCACAUGCGAGUGGAAAUAUGAUGGAGAGAGAGCACAGAUACACGUUGCGGAUAACGGCCAAGUCAAUAUCUACAGUAGAAAUCAGGAAAACAAUACUAGUAAGUACCCGGAUAUUAUUAAACGAUUGAAGAAUACUCGAGGUGACUUGGUGAAGAAUUGCAUACUUGAUUGCGAGGCGGUCGCCUGGGACAAUGAGCAAAAACAGAUUCUUCCGUUUCAAAUACUCAGUACGAGAAAGCGAAAGGAUGCCAACGAGGAAGACAUCAAAGUACAGGUAUGCGUAUUUAUGUUUGAUCUGUUGUACCUAAACGACGAGCCGUUGGUAAAGAAACCCUUUGCAACGCGUCGCGAGUUGCUGAAGCAGCAUUUUAAGGAGGUAGAAGGCGAAUGGAAAUUUGCCAAUAGUAUGGACACUACAACAAUGGAGGAGGUACAAGUCUUCUUGGACGAAUCUGUGAAGGGUAACUGUGAGGGUUUAAUGGUGAAGACGCUGGAGGAGGAUGCAACUUAUGAGAUCGCGAAGCGAUCGAGAAACUGGUUGAAGCUGAAAAAAGAUUACUUGGACGGCGUGGGUGAUACACUAGAUGUGGUUGUAAUCGGUGGUUACAUCGGCAAAGGAAAGAGAACAGGCACUUAUGGUGGCUUCCUCUUGGCUUGUUACGAUCAAGAAAACGAGGAGUACCAGAGCAUUUGUAAAAUCGGCACAGGCUUCAAAGAGGAAGAUCUUGAGAAUCAUACAAAGUUCUUGAAGGAUCAUGUGAUACCCCAGACGAAAUCGUACUAUCGUUUCGACAGCAGCCAUGAGCCCGAUCAUUGGUUUGAACCAGUACAAGUGUGGGAGAUUAAAUGCGCCGAUCUCUCCCUAUCGCCAGUUCAUAGGGCAGCUAUCGGAAUAGUUGAUCCGGAAAAGGGUAUAUCCUUAAGGUUUCCGCGAUUUAUCAGGAUACGCGAGGAUAAAAAUUGUGAAGAGGCCACUUCUGCUCAACAAGUGGCAGAUAUGUACAAUAAUCAAGAACAGAUCAAAAAUAAAACGUCGGCAUCGAAAGCUACGGAGGAAGAUUUCUACUAAUUUU